UUGGCGCCGCUGCCACCCCCAGCUCCGUGCUCUUGGCCCCUGGGCCGGGCGGUACCGAACCCUCCGGCGUCCCCUCUUGCCCUCCUUCCGACCUGCCUUUCCCUGUGGGACUGUCACCCCUCUCCGCCCCUCAGCCCUUGUGUCUCUCCGCCGAGCCGCGGCGGCAGCAGUAAAGGAGGAGGAGCCGGAGCCGGGAGGCGGCGGUGGCCGGCGGGUCCAUGGCGUACAGUCAAGGAGGCGGCAAGAAGAAAGUCUGCUACUAUUACGAUGGUGAUAUUGGAAAUUAUUAUUAUGGACAAGGUCAUCCCAUGAAACCUCAUAGAAUCCGGAUGACUCAUAACUUGCUGUUGAAUUAUGGUUUAUACAGAAAAAUGGAGAUAUAUAGACCCCAUAAAGCCACUGCUGAAGAAAUGACAAAAUAUCACAGUGAUGAGUAUAUCAAAUUUCUACGGUCAAUAAGACCAGAUAACAUGUCUGAGUAUAGUAAGCAGAUGCAGAGAUUUAAUGUUGGAGAAGAUUGUCCAGUGUUUGAUGCUUUUGAGUUUUGUCAGCUCUCCACUGGUGGCUCAGUUGCUGGGGCUGUAAAGUUAAACCGGCAGCAAACCGAUAUGGCUGUUAACUGGGCCGGAGGAUUACAUCAUGCCAAGAAAUCAGAAGCAUCAGGAUUCUGUUAUGUUAAUGAUAUUGUGCUUGCCAUCCUUGAAUUACUAAAGUAUCAUCAAAGGGUCUUAUAUAUUGAUAUAGAUAUCCAUCAUGGUGAUGGUGUUGAAGAAGCUUUUUAUACAACAGAUCGUGUAAUGACUGUUUCAUUCCACAAAUAUGGGGAAUACUUUCCUGGCACAGGAGACUGAGGCUCUGUUUAUGUGUUUUAGGAUAUUGGUGCUGGAAAAGGCAAAUACUAUGCUGUCAAUUUUCCGAUGAGAGACGGUAUAGAUGAUGAGUCAUACGGACAAAUAUUUAAGCCUAUAAUCUCAAAAGUGAUGGAGAUGUAUCAGCCUAGUGCUGUGGUGUUACAAUGUGGUGCUGACUCAUUAUCUGGCGAUAGGCUUGGUUGCUUCAAUCUAACAGUCAAAGGGCAUGCUAAAUGUGUAGAAGUUGUAAAAACUUUUAACCUACCAUUGCUGAUGCUUGGGGGAGGUGGAUACACAAUCCGUAAUGUUGCUCGAUGUUGGACAUAUGAAACUGCAGUUGCCCUUGAUUGUGAAAUCCCCAAUGAAUUGCCAUAUAAUGACUACUUUGAAUAUUUUGGACCAGACUUCAAACUGCAUAUUAGUCCUUCAAAUAUGACAAACCAGAACACUCCAGAAUAUAUGGAAAAGAUCAAACAGCGUUUAUUUGAAAAUUUGCGCAUGUUACCUCAUGCACCUGGUGUCCAAAUGCAAGCUAUUCCAGAAGAUGCUAUUCAUGAAGACAGUGGAGAUGAAGAUGGAGAAGAUCCAGACAAGAGAAUUUCUAUUCGAGCAUCAGACAAACGGAUAGCUUGUGAUGAAGAAUUCUCAGAUUCUGAAGAUGAAGGGGAAGGAGGUCGUAGAAAUGUGGCUGAUCACAAAAAAGGAGCAAAGAAAGCAAGGAUUGAAGAAGAUAAGAAGGAGACAGAGGACAAAAAAGCAG